GUUUAUUACACUGAGGCCAGGAGGCAGGCGAUAAGCUAGGAAAAUAAGGUUAAGAGACGUAAAAGAAAAAGACCAGACGUGAACUAGACCAGGCAGGGCAGGCCUCGCCGAUGCUGAGGUUUGCUGUCCAGGAGCGGGACUGAAGGGAGAGUUUCUAGAGGACAAGGAGUUUUAGGGCUCUUUUCGCCAGGACGCGAUUGGUCAGCAUCUUCCCCACGCUGCAACCUGCGGGGCACCCACCAGGCCUCUGGGAGGCCGUGAACGGAACUUUUAACAGGCGUCGCCGAGAGCUACCCCCGGACACCAGCGGCCGCCUCCCUUGCGCUGGCGCUAAAGGCACUGCGGAACCAAAAUUCGGAGGGAAGCGGGCGCUGGCGGACGGCGGAAAUGUGCUCCCGGAAGCAGCCCGGCACCCGAGCAUGGCGGCCGCCCUCUGCGUGCGCUGGAGUCUGUGCCAGGCCGGAACCUGGCUGCUCCCGUCGCGCUGUCCCCGCCGGACUCUGCACAAGCAGGGAGAAGGCACGGAGUUUCAGAGCAUCUACAGUUUGGACAAGCUCUACCCCGAGUCCCGGGGCCGGGACACCGCCUGGAGAGUCCCGGAUGAUGCACAGCAAGCCAGCAGCGACAUCCCUCUAGGUCGCCUGACUAUAUCUUACUGUCGGAGUAGCGGUCCCGGCGGCCAGAAUGUUAACAAAGUGAAUUCCAAGGCUGAAGUCAGGUUCCACUUGGCAACAGCCGACUGGAUCGCAGAGCCCGUGAGGCAGAAGAUGGCCAUCAUGCAUAAAAAUAAGAUCAACAGGUCAGGAGAGUUGAUCCUCACCUCUGAAUGCAGCCGCUAUCAGUUCAGAAAUCUGGCAGAUUGCCUGCAGAAAAUUCGAGACAUGAUUGCUGAGGCCAGCCAGCCAGCCAAGGAGCCAUCCAAAGAAGAUGCAGCUCUUCGCAGGGCCAGGGUGGAAAGCAUGAAUCGGGAAAGGCUGAGACAGAAGAGAAUAAAUGCUGCCGUGAAGACAAGCAGGAGGGCGGAGGUGGACUGAAGCCGUCUCUGCAGCCGCGCAGACCUCCCGCGUCCGCCAGGGUCCCGGGGAGACUUGUUCCUGGGCCACCACCAGGCGUGUCAGAAUGUGGG